UAACCAAUGAGCAUCAAGAAUUUGACAAUGGCACAGCAUUCACAAGCACUUGGUCGAGACCUUUAAAUUUUAGUUGUGGUCUGCUGGGCAAAAUGAAACAUUUCUGUUUAUGUAAAUUUAACCACAUAACAACAGCAUGAAAAUGUACCUCGUCAAUAAACUAGUGAAACUAUGUUCAAAUAAGCUUGCACUAGGACACCGAAUAAGGCUCAAAUAUUCAACAAAUGUAGAAAUAUCGAAAAAUGUCACAUUACAAAACCGGAAUAUAAAUUUUCUACAACGAAGCUAUGGUCAACCAACGGCAGCUACCCAUCCACAUCUCAUCAGAAGAGGUGAAUUGUUACCUGGUAUCUUGUUAGAGGAUUUCAAACAUCGCAGAUCUAAGCUAAUAGAAAAUAUCCAGAAAGAUUCAUCUCUAUCACAGAUGCCAGAUCGAACCCAUCUUCUGAUUAUUCCUUCAGCUAGCAAAGUUUAUAUGUCAGAAAAAAUCCCUUAUGUGUUCAGACAAAAUACGGAUUUUCUCUACUUCACCGGUUGUCAAGAACCUGACAGUGUUUUGGUCAUGACUGUGAACAAUGAUAAUUGUUCAUCAACGUUAUUUGUACGACAAAAGGACUCACAAUCUGAGUUAUGGGAUGGCCCGAGAACAGGAGUCGAUGCUGCUACCUACAUGUUUGGGGUUGAUCAAGCACUGCCUACAUCAGAAUUUGAGAAUUACAUCAAGUCCUUUCUUCGAGAGAACAAAAACACAAUUGUUUGGUACGAUCAUACAGAAGUAGUACAGCCAGAACUUGAGAAAAAAUUAUCCAACUUUCUAAGUCAAUCUGCAAAACAGGUAUUUGAUUCACUGAAAACAUUCAUACACGAUAUUAGACUGAUCAAGACUGCAGCUGAGAUUAAACUCAUGCAUGAAAGUUGUGAUAUCGCUUCUGCAGCUAUUGCCAAAACAAUUGCAAUCUCAAAACCUGGAAUGACCGAGCAUCAGAUAUUUGCUACUGUCGAUUAUGAAUGCAGAAUGAAUGGCGCUGAAUAUUUGGCAUACCCACCUGUGGUAGCAAGUGGAAAUAAUGCUAAUGUAAUACAUUAUAUCACAAACAAUCAAGUUGUAGCAGAUGGAGAUAUGGUUCUGAUGGAUGCUGGUUGUGAGUAUCACGGUUACUCAUCAGAUAUAACAAGGACAUGGCCAAUAAACGGUACCUUUACCCCUCAGCAAAGAAUCUUGUAUGAGGUUGUACUCGAUAUUCAAAAGGAACUGAUUGAAAAACUUAGAAAUAUGCCUACACUAGAUUCCAUAUUCCAUGAAAUGUGUUUACUCAUGGGAAAAAGAUUGCAAGAUGUGGGAUUAAUACCUAAGAGUGUUGGCCACGAUAAACUAUUGGCUGCUGCAUUUUCUUAUUGUCCCCAUCAUGCUAGCCAUUACUUAGGUAUGGAUGUACAUGAUACUGGAAAAAUAUCUCGAUCGAUAAAAGUACGACCUGGGAUGAUCGUUACCGUUGAACCAGGUAUUUACGUGAAUGCUAGAAAUAAAUUAGCUCCUCCCGAAUUUCAUGGACUUGGAAUACGAAUCGAAGAUGAUAUUUUGAUAACUGCAGAUGGCCCAGUCGUUUUGACCAAAAAUUGUCCUAAGGAAGUUCAUGAAAUCGAGGCUUUAGCCAAGAGUAACCAAUGAUAGUGAGGACUUCCUUGAUAUGUUUUUACAUUUUACGGAUUUAUAAAGGGAUGGAACAGCAGUUGACUACAAUAAAGUGAACAACUCUGUUGAGUUACUAAAAAAAAUAAAUGGAAAUCUAAUGGA